AUGGAUGACAGAGGAAAAAACAGUCAAGAAAACCAAAAUGCAGGAGAAAUAAAGUACAGAGGCGUGCGAAAGCGGCCGUGGGGCAAAUACGCGGCCGAGAUACGAGACUCGGCCCGUCAGGGGGCCCCGCGAGUGUGGCUAGGGACGUUCGGCACAGCUGAGGAGGCUGCCCGGGCCUACGACAGGGCAGCGUACGGAAUGAGGGGGCAUCUGGCCAUACUUAACUUUCCCGAGGAGUAUAACAUGCCCAGCAGCUCGUCCCAUUUCGCAGCAGGUGGGUCCAUGCAGGGGAGGGAGGAAGAGCCCUCGCGUGAAGUGAUCGAGUUCGAGUAUUACGACAAUAAGUUGCUAGAGGACCUUCUUGAUCAUGACGAGUACAACAGGAAGAAAUAG